GGCCAACGUGUGGAGCUGGCAUUGAAAAACUGAUUUUAUGAUCUUUCCUCGAUUCAAUACUCGAUUCGCUCGUAAAACAAGAAUGUGUGCGGAAAUUGAUAAUUUUUUGAAUUUUGUUAAUUAUUAAAUUCUAUAUUUACAGACUUAUAAAAUUUUGAAUAAUUAUUGAGGAGGUUGGCACACUUGUAAAUGUAAACGAAAGUGGGAAGGGGAUCAACAUCAACCAGAAUUUUGCAGACGGCUGACAAAACUAACCUUACCUUUUUGAUGACAUGUUUUUGUUUAUUUUUGAAAACUUGAAAUAUCAACUACUCAUAAAUUGCUUUAUUGUAUGAAUUAUUAAUUUUGAUAGUGUUCAAAUUCAUAGAUAAAGAUGAAAGUUAACAUAAAAGCUUUACAUGGGGCUGAAUGUUUUGUUGAGAUUACAAACACCAUGACAAUCCUUGAGCUUAAGCAAAUGGUCUCAAAAGCCCUGAAAGUACCAAUUGGCCAUCAAAAACUGCUUCUCGCCGGACGAUUUCUAGCAGAUAACAUGACAGUAGCCGACUACCCUUCAAUGAAAGAAGGCAUUCGUAUCCACUUGGUGGUGCGACCCAAUUUGGACCAGGACAUCAGUUCGGUGACUCUACACGAUGCAACCUACUGUUUCCUACGCAAAUACUACUCUGAUUCCGAUUCACAAAAAAUAUCUGACGAGUUUCUAAAGGAAUUCAACCGGUCUAUCUCUUCACUGAGCCUGGACGACAUAGAAAGGAUUGCCACAAUGUAUUUGAACGAAGAACUGACAAGUUGAAGCAUUUCCCCCCACCCCACUCUCCAACCCUAGACGAAGUUGUGGCUGUAUAUUUUCUACAUUAAUUUUCUUUUGUAAUUUAUUUUAUUUAAUAAAAAUAUCAAACUAU